GCGGGGCCUUCUAAGUCCGAAAGUCUCCGGAGCUUGCGCCAGGCUCUUCGCGGCGCCCCCCACUUAGACGCGGGGCUUCUGAGCGGGUGGGGGAGACGGAACUGUUGCCGGUGCGGAGACCAGGCGGCCAGCGUCUGCAGGGAUGAACCUCGAGUUGCUGGAGUCCUUUGGACAGAACUAUCCAGAGGAAGCUGAUGGAACUUUGGAUUGCAUCAGCAUGGCCCUGACUUGCACCUUUAACAGGUGGGGCACACUGCUUGCUGUUGGCUGUAACGAUGGCCGAAUUGUUAUUUGGGAUUUCUUGACAAGAGGCAUUGCUAAAAUAAUUAGUGCACACAUCCAUCCAGUCUGUUCUUUGUGUUGGAGCCGAGAUGGUCAUAAGCUCGUGAGUGCUUCUACAGAUAACAUAGUGUCACAGUGGGAUGUUCUUUCAGGAGAUUGCGACCAGAGGUUUCGAUUCCCUUCACCCAUCUUAAAAGUCCAAUAUCAUCCUCGAGAUCAGAACAAGGUUCUCGUGUGUCCCAUGAAAUCUGCUCCUGUCAUGUUGACCCUUUCAGAUUCCAAACAUGUUGUUCUGCCGGUAGACGAUGACUCGGAUUUGAACGUGGUGGCAUCUUUUGAUAGGCGAGGGGAAUAUAUUUAUACAGGAAAUGCGAAAGGCAAGAUCUUGGUCCUAAAAACAGACUCUCAGGAUCUUGUUGCUUCCUUCAGAGUAACAACUGGGACAAGCAAUACUACCGCCAUUAAGUCAAUUGAGUUUGCCCGGAAGGGGAGUUGCUUCUUAAUUAACACAGCAGAUCGAAUAAUAAGAGUCUAUGAUGGCAGAGAGAUUUUAACGUGUGGAAGGGAUGGAGAGCCGGAGCCUAUGCAGAAGCUGCAGGACUUAGUGAAUAGGACUCCAUGGAAAAAAUGUUGUUUCUCUGGGGAUGGGGAGUACAUAGUAGCAGGCUCUGCGAGGCAGCAUGCACUGUAUAUCUGGGAAAAGAGCAUUGGCAACCUGGUGAAGAUCUUACACGGGACCAGAGGGGAACUCCUGCUGGACGUGGCUUGGCAUCCAGUCCGACCCAUCAUAGCUUCUAUUUCUAGUGGAGUGGUGUCCAUUUGGGCCCAAAAUCAAGUAGAAAAUUGGAGUGCAUUUGCACCAGACUUCAAAGAGUUGGAUGAAAAUGUAGAAUAUGAGGAAAGAGAAUCAGAAUUUGAUAUUGAGGAUGAAGAUAAGAGUGAGCCUGAGCAAACAGGGGCUGAUGCUGCUGAAGAUGAGGAAGUGGAUGUCACCAGCGUGGAUCCCAUUGCUGCCUUCUGUAGCAGUGAUGAAGAGCUGGAAGAUUCAAAGGCUCUAUUGUAUUUACCCAUUGCCCCUGAGGUAGAAGACCCUGAAGAAAACCCAUAUGGCCCUCCACCGGAUGCAGUCCCAAGCUCCUUGAUGGAUGAAGGGGCUAGUUCAGAGAAGAAGAGGCAGUCUUCAGCAGAUGGGUCCCAGCCACCAAAGAAGAAACCUAAAACCACCAAUAUAGAGCUCCAAGGAGUGCCGAAUGAUGAAGUCCAUCCACUACUGGGUGUGAAGGGGGAUGGCAAAUCCAAGAAGAAGCAAGCAGGCCGGCCUAAAGGAUCAAAAGCAGGAGGAGCAAUCUCAGAACUGCUAUGAAGACCGUGAAACCCUUGGUUCUUCUCACUUUGUCAUCAGGUAGCCUUUGGACAGUGUGGCCAAUCAUCUGAGAUUGGCUUUAGUUGAAAACAAAGGCCUCUGCCUCCCACCCAGGAGGUGAAGGAGUGGAUUUUAUGUUUGAAUGAAGAAGUGAAUUAUGGAAGAAGAGCACACGUCCCUGCCUUCCCUUUCAAGCAUAAGUCCAAAUAGGCUCUCAGGAACGAGGAUGCGUGAAGACGUCAGGAGAUUUGACCCACUUCAACUUCACACGAGGUUGUGUUGCUGGUGAAGAAUGCCUGAGUUUUGUUCACCUAACUGUUGAAGUCACAUCUUUGGACAUGUCAUUUCCCAUCUCCUGUUUGCCUUCCAUCCUCAAUGCAUGUCCUCGAGUGACUUGUUCUUUUCUGAAAAUUUGCUACCAGUACCUAGGAAAACUGAUGCAUCUUCUGUUUCUUUCAUUCAUAACUUUCCCCUCCCAGAUGCUUCCUGUAGCUCUGUAUUGUGUAUAAAGGUUGGGCAGGGAAGCAAGUGCUUGAAAGAUUUCAAACUGGCAGGAAAGGAAGGAAGAUAGAAGGCCCCUCUCACGCUGUCUUACCAUGACCUUUGCUCAGGAGACUGGGGUUCCCUUGCAUUGCAUGUUUUCCAGUAUUAGAUCUGUUUGAAUAAUCAUGGCUUUUGGAUAUGAUUAGCUUUACCCAUCUCCAGCUAAGAAUCAUCAGUAGUUUGUGUAUCACUUUACUUGUGUUGACUUCCAGAGUUAGAAACAAAGCAAGGUGUGUUUCUCCUCGAGGUUCUUUUUUAUGGGUGUGGGGCACUGUGCAAGGACUGGCAUGAGGACCCCACCCCCAAAUCAAAGCAACAGCAGCCCACUUCAAAUCAAAGAUGAGGUUCGUUCGUUAAAUCCUUGCCUGUGGAGAACCUGUCCCCGGCAGCCAUAGUAUGUCCUUUCCUGGAGCCACACCCUUUUACUGUCUUCACUCACUUCCUUUCUGUGAAAGGUUGCUUAGCUUUUUACCCUUCUCUUUCUCACCUUGGCUCUCUCUGCAUUUGCUGUUCUUUUAAUAAAAAUAGCAAAUUGAAUGGAUUUGUACAAUAAGUGUUUGAAAUUUUCUGAAAAUCCAAAGUCAGGAAGCCAAGUGUGCGAAGGGUUAGUGACGCCUCUGGCAAUAGCUUUGGCUUGCCCGGGGCCAUACUCUGUCUGCACUGAAAGGAGGUUUAAGUACUAUGCUAAUUGUGAAAUCUCUUAUCAAUUGGUGGAGGCUCCUUCAGACAGCCAAACCCAUUGAUUACAUUGUACUGUGGGGUUGAGGUGAUGGGGGACAUGUAGGAAGUUUCUAGUGUCUGUUGCUCCUGUGCUGCUUCCUCAAGUGUGAGUGAGACCAAUGGUUGUGAUUGGUAAGUGGCUCACGGGACAUUUUUAUUUGUAGACAUUACCUCCAUGUCAUGUCUCUGUACAGCACACUGCAGUUGUGUGCAAGCUGAUACAGGGGUUUCUGCCUUCCCUGUGUGAAGUGGCUUGUCUUCCCUCCAUCUGGAUGCUAAUGCUGUGUCCAUUUCCAUUAUCGAGCUACUGAGUAAAUCAGCUCAAACCCUGCCAGAUUGUCUCUGGCAGCAGCUCCUAAUAAUUAUUUAUGCUUUGGGAAUCUUUUUGUCGGCUUCUAGAACCUUCCGUCCACUCUCAGCUUGGGUGUUUGAUUUGUGUAAUAUAUGUAUAUUCUCCUUUUCCUUGCUGUCAUCCUCCCUGCCUCUCCGUUUUGUUUCUUAAAAUGUUCUGUAGUUUUGUACAAGAUGAGACAGCCUUGGGUACUAUUUCUUGCUAAAGCUUUAAUGCUUUGUAAAUAAAAUUGGAUGUUUAUUAAA